GUGCCGGCGCUGUUACGUUUGCUCUCUUCCUCUUCUUCGGCUGCAAAAUGCUUCGUGUUUUCAAUUUUCGCAUUGGAAAUCGCUUAUAUUGUGUGAAUGCGGCUAGGAAAGAUGCAAAAAAGUACACAGACACCAUUAACCUGCCGAGGACGAAGUUUCCCAACCGUCUGACAGCAGCCAAACGGGCGGAACAGGAGCGUCUGGUCUUGGAGGGGAAGAUUGCAGUGUCCUAUGAAUACCAAGAGCAGCAGCAGGAACUGGAAAAAAGGCUACCCACCUUUGUGCUGCACGACGGGCCACCCUACGCCAAUGGCCAACUGCACAUGGGCCAUGCCGUCAACAAGAUCCUGAAGGAUGUGACGCUGCGACAGCGAGUGGCCCAUGGCCAGCAAGUCAACUACAUUCCCGGCUGGGACUGUCACGGCCUGCCCAUCGAGCUGAAGGCCACGAGUGCUGCUCCGGGGCAAAAUGCCCUGGAAAUCCGGCAAAAGUCCCGCGCCUUUGCCUUGGAGGCCAUACAGUCGCAGAAGGAGGAGUUCAGCAGCUGGGGUAUACUGGCCAACUGGCGCAAGAACGAUAUAUACAUGACCUUCCAGCCAGAAUUUGUAGUCAAUCAACUGCAGAUGUUCUGCGAUCUCUAUGACAGGGGUUUGGUCUAUCGGGACUUGAAGCCAGUCUACUGGUCACCAUCGUCCAGAACAGCACUGGCGGAGGCGGAACUGGAAUAUGACCCCAGCCACACAAGUCCCUCGGUCUAUGUCAGAUUUGCCCUCAACCCAGACGGACUUGAAGUAGACGCCAAGCAGAUUUAUGCACUCGUAUGGACCACAACUCCCUGGACACUGCCGAGCAAUCAAGCCAUCUGCUACAACGAGUCUCUGGAGUACGUGUUGGUGAGGCUCCAAGGCCACAGCCCAGACGACCUAUAUCUCAUGGCCUCGGCUCUAAUGGCAGACUUCGAGGCCAACACGCAGCUCAAAUGCGAGGUGAUCCACACCCUGAAUAGCAGCUCCUUAAGCAAGCUUACCUACAAGCAUCCCAUAGACCAGGAACAGUCAGACUUGCCCUUCUUCGAAGCCAGCCAUGUGCAGGAUAGCAAGGGCACGGGUUUGGUUCACACAGCACCUGCCCACGGGCCGGAGGACUUCCUGGUCAGUUUGGCCAGAAAAAUACCCGUCAAGUGCUUGGUGAACGAGGAGGGUGUUUACACCAAGGAGGCUCCCAGCUUUCUAAGCGGACAAUCAGUACUGGAUCAAGGAAAUCCUUUAGUCCUACAGCACAUAGCCAGGGAUGUGGUACAUUCCGCCAAGCUGGAGCAUUCGUAUCCCAUAGAUUGGCGCACCAAGCAGCCGGUGAUCAUUCGGGCCAGCGAGCAAUGGUUCAUCAACACGGAGAAACUAAAGACCCCGGCUGCCGAGGCACUGGAGCGAGUUGAGAUCUAUCCCCGAACAAAUGCCGAGGCCAGCAAAAAGGCAUUGCUCACGCAGCUGCAAAAGCGUCCCUACUGGUGCGUUUCCCGGCAGCGGGCGUGGGGCGUUCCCAUACCCGUUUUUUACAGCAGGGAAAGUGGCAAAGUGGUUAUAAGUUCUGCUUUAAUAGAACACCUCUGUCAGUUGUUGCGUCAAGAGGGUUCCAUGGACUUUUGGUGGUCUAGGAAGAUAGAGGAACUUGUACCGGCUGAUAUUGCCCAAGAACUAGGCUAUGACAUCAAAGAUCUGAUCAAGGGAAGUGAUAUUCUGGACAUUUGGUUUGACUCUGGCAGCACUUGGUCGGCAGUGCUAAAGAAGGAUAAAGUGGCUGAUCUUUAUCUGGAGGGAUAUGACCAAUUCACAGGCUGGUUUCAGUCCUCACUGCUCAUGAGCAUAGCUGCUCGAGGAUGUGCUCCCUACAAGGCGCUCUUUGUUCAUGGCUUUACAGUGGACGAGAAGGGCCACAAGAUGUCCAAAUCUCUGGGCAAUGUUAUCUCACCGAAGCAGAUUACCAAGAAGUACGGCACGGAUGCUCUGCGUUGGUGGGUGGCCUCCCAUGGCACCCAGCACAUGUCCAUUACGGUGAGCGAUAAGCUACUGCAGCAGGCAGCCGAGAAUCUGAGCAAGGUGCGCGGCACCCUGCGCUACCUGAAGGGUGUGAUUGGAGAGCAAGAAGCCAGCCAGGAGCGGGAACUUCUCCGCGAUAGAAGCUAUCUAAAUAGAUAUUUGCUGAGCCAGUUGGUGGAGUUUGAAUUGGAGGUGGCAAAGCUAUACAACGCCUACGAGUACAAUCGCGUGGUGGCCUGCAUCCAAAACUUCAUCGCCAAUCAGGUAUCUGCCGUCUAUGUUCAUCUCAUAAAGGAUCGUUUGUACUGUGGCGAUGAUCAAGAGCUACUUGCCAUUCGCCAGACACUCACCCAGUGCUACCGACAGCUGUGCAAAAGCCUGUGGCCCAUUGUGCCUUUUCUGGUAGAAGAAAGCUGGAGCUAUUACGAUAUAUCUGGCGGGGCUUUUCAUGAGCAGAGGGUCCAAGCGAAACCCGAAUGGGAGGACCGAAAGGCCACGGAGGUUGUGCAGGCAGCGCUGGAUGUUAAAAGACUCAUCAACCAGCAAGCUGGAGAGGUCAAUACCUGGCAUUUGGCUGUGACCAUCAAAGGAAGCCAGCUGAAAUUGCUAAAGGAACUGCAUCCGGCUCUGGACGAGCCCCUCAAUAAUUCCGAGCUGUGCGAGCUGCUCCAAGUGGGAGCUGUACGUCUCGUAGAGUCAGAUAAUAGCGACGUUAGCUUGACAAUUACUAAUUUACAGACCUCGUUGUGUCCUCGUUGUCGUCGCUUUAGUCUAAAUCCAGAUCAAGAGACCUGCCAGCGUUGCUCUGCGGUAAUGGACUCCAAGAACUAAGCCUUAAGUCACGUUGUUUUCUAGGUCUAAGGAAUAUAUAUUUAUGU